AUGGCAUCGCGGGCCCCUAGUCGACUGGAGCAAACAUCAUCUGCAUCGGGCCAGGCUAGCGCAGCAGCAGCAGAAGCUACAGGCGGUACAGCCCACACAGUGGAACAACCUGGAUCAGCUGUUAAUGUUAGCCAGCAAGCAGGCAAAGUCGCACCGGCGCCGGCGGUGAUGGGCUUCCCGGCUUCGCGCCCGCUUGAAGUGCUGUGUAGCAGCCCACUGCGCCGCUUGGACGCCGAAUCAGGACUAGAGGCAAGGGCCGGCAGUGCCUCGCCUCCGGAGAAGCCGUCCACUGUUACCCCAGACCAAGAGAACAGCGACAGCGACGAAGACGAAAACUUCCCACUGCUUAGAGCGGCGGAAACGGACCAUCGUGUGGGACACGGGAGGCGGCGUGGUCUCCGCGGCUUGCUUUCGUUCUUGAAACGCACUCCGAAAAAGGAAACCUCGGACUCGGCGUCCUUCUUCGCCACACAAGCGCCGAAAGCGUAUGCAGAGCAGACUAAAUCUUCGAAACCUCAAGCAGCAGCAGAAGCAGCAGCACCAGAAGCAGCAGCAGCAGCAACAGCAGCACCAGCAGCAGCAGAAGCAUCCGCCUCCAGUGCACAGCCAAGUAGCGGCCUUGUUUCCACCUUCACCACCACUGGAAGCGGAUCACGUGAUCACACUGACAGCUCGGCGAAUGUUACCAGCGGUCAGCUAGGCGUAACGGCGGUUACCAGGGGAAACCCCCGGAAGCAGAUGAAGCCCAGUGAUUGGUUUUCCCGCAAAGUCAGUGACGUCAGUAAGACACACUCAGACACGGAGGACUCCACCACAUCACGCAGCACUAUAUCCAGUGCCGUGAGGGAGUAUGACAUACCUCCAGCGACCAGUCCUGAAAACCGAAGCAAGCAAAGUGGACGGUCUUCCGCAUUGGGGUACGGCCCGUCCUUCGCCGCCGCUGCCUCCUCGCAACCUUCCCAAAGGCAAAGAACGAGCUCCGAUACGACGUCGUCGGGAAAGGCUCCUAGAAAAUAUAAAUAUCAUAAUCCCAGGCGAGUUAGAUUAGAUGGAAUGGGUCGCAGCCUCGACGACGGCUCCACUGUCGCCCCCGCCGGCUCCCGGAUUUAUUCCAUAAGUUCAGAGGCCGGCAUCAAGGCGGGGGGCGUGACGCCUUCUCAACCUACUUAUGGCACGUCGCAAAGCAUGGUUUUGUCAUCGCCUUCGACGCACCGUACAAGCGAGACCGCCAGUCCUAAAGCGCAUGCUUACAGACCAGGUACAGGUGCUGUUGGAGACGUGCGUCCGCCUCCCAAUCCUUCGAAACGCCCCCGCGUGCCUAGUGCCCUCACCGUGCACAGCGGAAGAGGCGUACCUUAUCCUGGAGCGUCCCAGCCGCCCGCUUUCGGCACCAGUGCAGUCGCUGAUCGUGGACAGAUUGUGCACGGUGAGAGAUACCUCAGGACGCCGCGACCGUCACUGCCCUGGUUCUCUGUUCGUCGCAGUGCCAGCGCACCGGCUGUCAUCACAGCAGCAGGAGCAGAACCAUCAGAACCAUCAGCAGCAGCAGCCGGUCAGACAGCCAGUCCGGGUGCUGCGGCAAAAGCAGACGAGAGCGCGCCGAGCCAGCCUUCAAAAUGGCCUCGCAGACUCGCGAGGUUGUUCUCCAGAAGUAGCGCGUCGUCGUCAACUGCCGCUACUGUCGCUCGCACCCCCAAGCCGUCACCUGCCCGGAGCACCAUGGCUGCAACUACAAGUAUCUGGGGUAGGAACAUUCAUGGCAGAUCCAAACCAACAAUGUGGAAGCAUGGUGGACCAGUCGACUACGGACUAUUUCAUGCACCACCAUACUACUAUAAGACGCGGGAGACGGCCAAGCAGUUCUGGAACAUGUUCGCCUUCUGCAAUUCGCCGAACGGCUUCUUGGCGCUGAUGCGGCGUGCAUCCCGCCAGCACGACCUACGCCUCUGCGACGAGCUCUUUCAGCUGUCAACCACGUUCGGCUGUUGCCUGGAGAACUGGACGGAUUUCGAGCUGUGUCGCGACUUCAGGCAGUUCUGGGACCUCGUUAAGUACGACAUGACAAUGACGGGAAAAGUGCUCACGCACGAGUCGAGUUCAGAAAGGGCCACAGAAAUCCAGAAGCAUUCCACCGGAACUGUGCGCUUUCUACGCGAGAACAAACCCAGCCUGGACUUUCAUUACCAUCUCUGGUUCGUGCGGACUGAGCUACGUGUUGGUUAUGGCGGCACCAUGCAGCUCUGGAAAGUCUCCCAUGCCUCUGUUAAAUACAACGAGGAUAGCCAGCCCUGGGCACGUCCUGCGAUAAAGUGUCUGACCUGA